AUGGCUAACUAUGGUCCGGCCUACAGCUCAUUAGCUGAAAAUCAAGGACAAAUGGCUGCUAAACGAAGCACUGAUCUUGAUCAAGAAGCGCAAGCAUGGAUAGAAUCUGUUUCGGGUGAAAAGUUUCCGAGUGAUAUAUCUUAUGAGGAUGCGUUAAAGGACGGAAUUAUUCUAUGCAAAUUGAUGAACAAAUUAUCACCUAAUUCGAUUCCUAAAAUUGCAACAUCAGGUGGUGCCUUCAAACUACGAGAAAAUGUGGCCGCUUUUCAAAAUGCUGCUCGAUCCUAUGGAGUAGCCGAUUCUGAACUUUUUCAAACAGUUGAUUUAUUUGAAAAACGUAACAUCGCCCAAGUAACACUAGCCAUUCAUGCACUUGGACGACAGGCACAAAAGAAGAAUUUCAAAGGCCCAGCAUUGGGUGUUAAACUGUCGGAUAAAAAUGAACGACAAUUUACCAAUGAACAACUACGUGCUGGAGAUGGCAUGAUUGGCCUUCUAAACGAAGGCAUGAAUAAAGAGUGGCCAUGCGAUAGUGCCAGAGAAGUGUCCUCUGCCUUCACACCAAAAGAAUCAUGUUUUCCGCAAGGUUAUCAUGAGAUUUCAGAGAUAGCCGAUCAUACAAUAAGUGCAGAGCCGAAAUUUGAUAUUGAACCGAUCAAACAGGUCCGAACAGAAUUAGUUGAGCCAAUUCAUGUAUUAGAUGCUUACAACAACAACAACAAGCGACACAGUUUUGACCUGGAAAGUUUUUCCGAAUUUUCCGAGUACUCGUGUGCCGACUCCAUAAAUAAUGGAAGUAGUUACCAUGAACAACGAAGAAGUCAACGACGAAAUCCUGGUCAUCGUUCACUGAGCCGAAGUUCAGUGAAUACAUUGUUGAAAAAUCUUCAAUUGCAACCAAAUCCAUCAACAAAUAUUAAUACUGCAGAAGAACCAGAAGAAGAGAACGUGCAUGAUAGUCUCACGCUAUUAAUACAAUUAGCUAGAGAUCCAAGUUUAACAAAAAUGGGUAAAAUUGAUCGUUUGAAAACAUCAAUUGAGGACACUAUUGGAAUGGUUGAAUUACUAAGUUUAGUGAGACUAGUAAAAACGCCAACAACAAAACUGAGUGUCGAUGAAGCGCCACUCAACAUUUACCGGCAUCUCUUACCAUCAUUCGUCUCACUUAUUUUAUUAGAAAAUGACAGCGAUAACUAA